ACCACCUCUCUCACCGUCCCAAUCUUCUGAGACGCUUUUGCCCCCUCCGGAGCAGAGUUUAUAUCCUCCCCGCCUCCCCCCCCCCCCCCCCGCCGCCGCCGCCUUUUCCUCGCCCAGUGCUUUGCAUCUGGAAAGAGAUCAGUUCAAGAGUGGCCAGUCCGGAGAGUUUCGUCCACCGCCUCCUACCUCCUCCCCCCACCCCGUGCCCGGCUCCGCCGCGCAGAGGAUGGUGUGGAAAUGGCUGGGCGCGCUGGUAGUGUUCCCUCUGCAAAUGAUCUAUCUGAUGACCAAAGCAGCCGUGGGACUGGUGUUGCCCCCCAAGCUUCGGGACCUGUCCCGGGAGUCAGUCCUCAUCACCGGCGGUGGGAGAGGCAUCGGGCGCCACCUCGCUCGGGAGUUCGCAGAGCGUGGCGCCAGAAAGAUUGUUCUCUGGGGCAGGACUGAGAAAUGCCUGAAAGAGACAACAGAAGAGAUUCGGCAGAUGGGCACAGAGUGCCACUACUUCAUCUGUGAUGUAGGCAACCGGGAAGAGGUGUACCAAAUGGCCAAAGCUGUCCGAGAAAAGGUGGGUGACAUCACCAUCCUGGUGAACAAUGCCGCUGUGGUCCAUGGGAAGAGCUUGAUGGACAGUGAUGAUGAUGCCCUCCUCAAGUCCCAGCACGUCAACACCCUGGGCCAAUUCUGGACCACCAAGGCCUUCUUGCCACGUAUGCUGGAGCUGCAGAACGGCCACAUCGUGUGCCUCAACUCCGUGCUUGCACUCUCGGCCAUCCCUGGCGCCAUCGACUACUGCACGUCGAAAGCGUCGGCCUUUGCCUUCAUGGAGAGCCUGACCUUGGGGCUGCUGGACUGUCCCGGUGUCAAGGCCACCACCGUGCUGCCUUUUCAUACCAGCACCGAGAUGUUCCAGGGCAUGCGCGUCAGGUUUCCCAACCUCUUCCCGCCGUUGAAGCCAGAGACAGUAGCCCGGAGGACGGUGGAAGCCGUUCAACAAAACCAGGCCCUUCUCUUGCUCCCGUGGACCAUGAACAUCCUCAUUAUCUUGAAAAGCAUACUCCCACAGGCUGCACUGGAGGAGAUCCACAGGUUCUCAGGGACUUACACCUGUAUGAACACCUUUAAGGGGAGGACAUAGAGGCAGGAGGAAGACACACCUGAGGAGCCACGGAGCCUGAGGGGAGCCACAAUAUCCGGGCACACACCGAUGUGCCUGUGCAUUGGCAUGUCUGCUGGGUGAGCAGGACUGUACCUGUCCCCAGGGAAGAAUCUGCGGCUCCCAGGUCAACUCCAGGACCUUUGUGCAGGACUGAUGUGUGUAACUCUGACCCCCAUGGGGAGCCAAGACGCCAUUCAGCAGCCACCUGACAAUUUUGUACAUUUCUCAUUCUGUAGGGUUUAUUGUUCAAUUGCUUCUCCAGUCUGACCCGCCUGAGCAGUGUGCACCUAGGAUUUCCAGGAGAGUCUGCCCCCAGACACUCUGCCUUUCCCUCCAAAACCCGCUCACCCUCAGCUCCUGCAAACUGGUUACCCGGCAGUAACGCAAAUAAAGAGGUGGCUUUGGCA